AUGAGUUAUGCUAAAGAUGCUGAUUUAUGGGUACAUUUUGCAAUUAAAGUUGCUAAAGUUGAAGAUUUUUCACUUAUUGAUUUUAAAGGUAAAUUUUUCUAUGAGUUACCUCAGUUUGCAUAUACGAGUACAUCACUGAGGAAUUUGGUUUUAAGCGGCUGCAAACUGAAACCUUCUGGUAGUGUGAACUGGAGUAAUCUCGUUUUGCUUUCAAUUAGGAACCAGAAAUUGAAGGAGGGUGUAGCGCGAAAAGUAUUAUCUGGUUGCCCUAACUUGGAGUGCUUGGAACUAAAUAAUGUUUGGGGCAUUAAUCAUUUGGAAAUCAGCUCUGUGAAGCUGAGAAAACUGACCAUUGAAUACUACAGAUAUGGGAUGCUAGAAAUAUUAGCCCCAUGUUUUCAUCAUUUGCAAAUUUCGGGGUUCUGCGAAGGGAUACGCUUACAGCAGAUAAUUGCCUCUGAACUGUGGAGACUUGCUUCCUUGUACAUUGAUUCCAUAAGAACCUAA